CAGGAUGAUCAUUCCUGCAUUGGGGGUUGAGUUGGGUGCUUAAUUAAACCCGAACUUAACAGUCAAUCAAAUUUCCUUAGAAGAAUGGCAUCAAAACCUCUACAAGGAGAAGCCACACAUCCACCGCCACCGCCAUCAUCUUCUUCUUCAUUCUCUGAAAAUUGGAAAGAGCGUAUACUCAUCCCCACUAUUCUCGCAGGGAUUGGUGGUGGAGGAGUUGGAUUGGUAUCUAAGCAUAGACAAACUCAUGGACUUGCAAGCAUUUCUACUGCUUAUGCUACUAAUUUUGCCAUUGUUACUGGUUGCUAUUGCGGGGCACGUGAAUUUGUAAGGGUAUCUCGGAAAUCAGAACCCGAUGAUCUUGUGAACUCUGCUUUUGCAGGGUUUGGUACAGGCGCUCUUCUUGGACGUCUUCAAGGUGGUCAAUUUGGUGCAUUCCGUUACUCAAUUAUCUUUGCUGUUGUGGGAACAACUGUGGAUUUUGCAACUAUAAAGCUAAAACCAAAAUUGAGGAGCUUUAAACAAUCCUUAUAUGGGGACAAAGAAAAGAAAGGUGGUUGGUUGAAGUUACCAGUGUGGUUUCCCAUUCAAGUACUUGAUGAAGAAGCCCUUGCUGCUAAAGAAGUUAGGGAAAAGCAACUCUAUGAGCAAAGAAUGCAAAGAGCUCUUGGUAAACUAAGCAAAGAAGAAUCUUGAGGAAACCUUUUCUUUCUCCCUUUUUUGGUGGAACCUGAAACUUUUUUGAACUUUUAUUUACAAUCAAUAUAUUUUGUUUGGCCUGCU